UUUGUCUCUUGUCCUGUUUGUUUUGAUCGGCGUGUGGGAUUUUCUCCGGAUAGUUUUUGAGUGAAAAACCAUGGAAAAACCAGAGACUACCGUGCCUGAUCCGCGCAGAAAGUAUCUCUACAUGGCAAUUUCUAGCGCACUUGCCGAGGCGGGCUUUGAUUCUGCAGAUAAAGAGUGUUUGGAGACGCUUUCUGAAAUGUGUCAAAGCUUGCUCUCAGAGAUCGGACAGUCUUCCCGAAACUACUGCGAGUUGUCUGGACGUACAAUCCCUGUGAUUGGAGACGUUGUUAUAGCCCUUAUCAACAUGGGAAUCUCCAUUCAGGGCCUUGAGGCAUUCGCCAGGCGAGACGGAAGACACGUAAUUCCUUCACCACAGCAAGUCUCUGCCCAGAAGCAGUUGAAUCUUCUCCAGGCAGGCACGAAGAAUGCCCAUCCUUCGCACAUUCCCAACCAUCUGCCGCCACUGCCGGAUCCUCAUGCCUACAUCCGGACGCCGACCCACAAACAGCCCGUGACAGAGUAUGAGGCGAUCCGGGAGAAAGCGGCCACGCAGAAGAAGGACGUGGAAAAGGCGCUGACAAAGUUUCUGGCUAAGACCAGUGAUAUUCACAGUCUAUUCAAUGUGGAGGACAACAUGUUUCCACUGAUUGCCUGCAAGCCUGCACAUCCCUCCUAUUUGGCUGCUCUCAAUCCCACCGACCAAGUGUUUGACUUUGAAGAGCUGGAGUAUCACUACCAAGUGGCCAAUAGGACAGAAGACGUGCCAGCGGCGCCUGCAAAGGAACUGGAGGACGACGAUGAUGAUGAGGGCGAAGUCAAGGAGCCGAAGGAAGUGAAAAUCGAAGAGACAGAGGCUGAACCGACUCCCAGCCAGGCCAACAAUCCCAACAUUGAUAAUCCCUAUUUGAGGGCAGCAAUUGUACCCAAGAGAAUGAAGCUCUCAGAGGGCAGAGUCCUGGGAAGCGAAUAAAAGAAUCCCAAAAAUCCCUUUCUGUUUUGCUUUA